AUGGACCAAAUUCCACCGUACGAAUUCCAAAAGUAUGUGUUCGCUGCUCGUGCUGCAGUUGUUGGCUGCUCAUCAUUUGAGGUAAGUCACAUAUUUUAUUUUAGAUAGAUCUUCUCAUAAUAAAUUUUCAGCUUCUCCUCAUAUUAUUUGGAUCGUUGGGAGAUUCUGGUUUCCUUUCCAAGCUCAUCUAUUUUCUUGUUCUUGGUGCCUCAGCUGCUGUUUCAGCACACAACAUUGCAUUGAAUGUGGAUGGCCGUGAUGAAAUCAAGCGAGCUCUUUCUUCCACAGAAAAUGAGGUUCGCGGAAAAUCAGCUGCUCUUGUAUUGGUUCCACCAUUUGCCGGAGUAUUUGUUUUCCUUUGUGUUUCUGGUCACGCAUUCUUCUCAUUGUUCGUUUUGAUUCACGUGCUCGCAUCGGUUGGACAACUCGGAAUUGAGGCAUACGAAGUAAGCAGAGGAAGUGGAGGAGGCGGUGAUGGUGCUGCUGCCCCGACUGUCGCAUCAGGUGUUGCACCAACAAGUGUUGCACCACCAACUGAACCAUCUCCAGCUCCACCACAAUAGAGGAAUCAUGUUUAUUUGCUCUUUUUCUACUUGUAGUGUUUUAGAAUAAACGAUUUAUUUCGAAAUUUGAAUGAUGAUGACGUCGGGGUAGCAACAUUUCCAACAAAAAACCUAUAGUAGUUGAUAUCUAUUACCACAGGCUUCACAAGGUGGUGGUAAUAGUGUGACUGGUCAACUUCCAACUCAAUCUCAACCUAUUUAAAAAUACAGAUCUGAAUAAAUAUUUGACCAUUGAAUUGUUUUUGCAGGUAAUCAAAUACGGAAAUUUGGAACCAAAGAUAGCAAUUGUGCCACCAGCUGAUAAAGCACAAAAGGCUGCAACUUAUGAUCCAAACUAUCAAACAUUGAAUCAAGUCAAUGAUAAUGUAUUCACGAAAUGA